GGAAGGACUUUAUGCAGAGGUCUGAAACUAUUUGUUCGGGUUUCUCUUGCAUUAAGUAGACUGCUUAUCAGGACAAAAAUUUCUCAGACUUAAUUUGCAAAAUAAAAGUCUUCAAGCUACUACAUUUUUUUAUUUGAAAACUAAAACUUACAUCUUAUAGAAGGACAGACAAGAACAAGGAGAGGGCAUCUUUUGCAAGAGUAUUAAGGCACAUUCUUCACUAAUAAACUGUAGUUUGCUGGUUGACGUCUGGCCUUUAAAACAUGGAUGGAGCGGAAGAACACAAUAUAGAGCUCAUUCACAAGAAGAAAAUAAAGCUCAUAAGAAACCAUGCUCUUGAGAAACAAAGCCUCAUCAUGAGUGGAAGUCAGUUUAUUAAGAUAUUUUUUGGUCUGCUGAAAACAUUCCCCUUGGAGGAUGAAGCAGCUAAAAAGGCAGUGAUAAGAACUUACAUGGAAGAGGUACUGCAUGUGAUAUUCUUCUUCGGACACAUGCAUGUCAUGCCAAUUAAUCCCAAAGAAUUCUUUCGUGAUGAGGAGUAUGAACGGUUGAAAAAAAUACUGCCAGCACCGUUUGAAAAAUAUAAGACACAUCUGCCAACCAGAACUCCAUAUUCAGUACUUCUUGAAGUUGUUGUGAAAAUGAACAAUCCCAACAAUGUCAACAGAAUUCUACAGCAACUAACAGACAUCAACAAGGCAUUACAGAAGCCGACCCCUACAGACAAACAGCUAUGCAGCAAUAAUGACUACUCUUUUGACUCAACUGUUGUGAGCUUUAGCUACUUUCAAGACCCAGUUACUAACAAAAGGUCUGAGAAUUUCUUUGGGGCAUCCCUGGGCUGCAAAGGCAGAGUGGAAAGACAGAUUAUGAUUGCUAUUUCUUGCAUUAAAGUGUGGAAUAUGGCAGUGGCAUAUGCAGUUCACUAUGCACGACAAGAAAGAUGUGUCCAUUUCCCAGAUUUUGUUUAUUCAGAAGCUUUCAAAUCAGGGAGGAAAAACAACGGACCCUAUAAAAAACUUGCACCAUGCAGGAAGUGUUUCAGAUCAUUCCAAAAUGUCAAAUUUGUUCCAGCACACGAAGAGCUGAACUACAGGGCAGACUGGCCAAAUGGAAACUGCGCUGAGGCAGAGUCCCUCAGUAAACUACUGGACAAGCUUCCUAAUGUUAUGGCUAUGGUGUGCAGUGUAGUAAAUGGUACAAAGACUCUGUUUACUCCUGACAUGAUGGACUUUAAAGCCAGUUGUCAGAAUACUGCUUCACAGAAACUUAAAUCUAGAAACUUUGAAAUCAUGUUGGACUGGCAGUUUUUCAGCUGUAAUUUGACAUGACAUAAUAAAUAUCAGUUUGUAUUUGA